UUAUAAUAAAACCCUAACAAGAUUUGUUUGAAAAUUGCAGUGCAGAGUCUUAUGGUCAAAGCGUUCUUCAAUUCAGGUGACUAAGAGUUUGAUUUAGGUAGAAGCUUCUUAUGUGUUUCCCUUUUUUGUAUUGGAGCUUGAAACCGUUGUCAAAUGUUUGAUUUGUUUCGCAACUGAUAACAGAAACCAACUUUUUGUUUCCACGCUAUCGGAAUUUGCAUAUGUUGUAUUUGGGACUUCCCGCUUUGUUGGGGUUUUGGAGUUGUUAGGGUUUGUGGGUGCUCAUCAUCGUGUUGUGCUUUUGAUUCUCGAACUUGAUUGUAUUUGGAGAUUGAGGAACUGCGAUAUCUGUAUUUCUGGAGAAUAAAGGGUUUGAAAGUUUGAAAAUUUGGGUGGAGAAUUAUUAGGGCUUUUGGGAUACAUUAGGAAUUUUGACCAAAAGAUUGAAGGUGAUUGACGGAUUGCUGCUUGUUUUUUUUUUUUAAAUUUAUUCUUUGGCAUCUGUGAUUUGAAUUUGGGGUUAGAAUGGAAGAGUCUCAGGGCUGUACAAACUCGCUUCCUCCUUUCCUUGCAAAGACGUAUGAGAUGGUAGAUGAUCCGGCUACAAAUUCAGUUGUCUCAUGGAGUCAAAAUAAUAAAAGCUUUAUUGUGUGGAACCCUCCAGAGUUUGGCAGGGAUUUACUGCCGAGAUACUUCAAGCACAAUAACUUCUCCAGCUUCAUUAGGCAGCUCAAUACUUAUGGUUUUAGAAAAAUUGAUCCAGAUCAAUGGGAAUUUGCAAAUGAUGAUUUCAUAAGAGGUCAGCCAUAUCUCAUGAUGAACAUCCAUAGACGAAAACCGGUUCAUAGCCAUUCCUUGCAGAAUAUCCAUGGUCAAGGAUCUUUGUCCUCUCCAUUAACUGAUUCUGAAAGGAAGGGUUUUAAGGAUGACAUUGUUAGGCUCAAACAGGACAAAGAAAUGCUCAUUUCUGAGUUGCAGACAAAUGAACAAGGGCAGAAAGAAUGUGAGCGGCAAGUUCAGAUUUUGACAGAGCGCUUGAGGCAAAUGGAGCAACGGCAGAAAAUUUUGGUUCCUUUCCUUGCCCAAGCAUUGGAGAAACCAGGUCUUUCCUUAGAUGUUGUUCCGCAAUCCGAAAAUCAUGACAGAAAGAGAAGAUUAACCAGAAUUGGUUACUUUUAUGAUGAAGGCAGCGAGGAGGAGAAUCAUACGGGGAGUUCCCAGGUAGUACCUAGAGAAAAUGCAGAUGCUACUACUAUUGUGGCAUCAAAUGUAGAGCGAUUAGAGUAUAUGGAGUCAUCCUUGAUAUUUUGGGAGAAUACUGUACUAGAUGUAUCCCAUACCCACAUUCACUUGAAUCCUGACCACCUUGAUUUGGAUGAAUCUACAAGUUGUGCUGAUAGCCCUGCUUCGUCUUGUGUCCCUCUUAAUGUUGAAUGUCGGACUAAAUCACCUGGGAUUGACAUGAAUUCUGAGCCAGUUGUCCCGGCUGGUCCAGAGCCUGUUUCUUUGAAAGAACAAGCUGGUGGGACUUCAGCUCCUGUGACUACAGGGGUGAAUGAUGUCUUCUGGGAGCAAUUUCUGACGGAGAAUCCUGGCUCGUCUGAUAUUCAGGAAGCUCAAGCAAAUAAAAAGGAUGAUGAUGGGAGAAAGAACGAAAGCAAGCCUAGUGAUCCUGGCAGAUUUUGGUGGAAUGUAAGGAGUAUAAAUAAUCUUACUGAGCAGAUGGGACAUCUUGCUGCUGCAGAGAAAACUUGAAAUUGGUUUAUUGUUGUUCAUGGAUGUUGAUGACUCCGUAUAUUGGUUAUAAUACGUCUAGGUAUGAUUGAUUUUAUUUUGAAAUAAUAGAUUUUUAACAUUUUGGCCAUUCAUUGUUUGGUUUGCAGGAUUAGUUGAAAAGUAUUGGUGCUAUUAUGAUAUACAGUUUAUGAGAUGUCCUUUGGUACUAAGUACUAACAUUCUACUGUGCACACUAAUGUUUUUUUGGCA